CCAAGUGCGCCGGACUCGCUGCGAUCCCCCUCUCUCUAUCCCAUUGUUUCCUCCUCCCCAGUCGAGUGCUGCCAAUGUCCUUCUGAGAGGGAAGUUACCUUCGAUCUCCCGUUUUCGUCCAUGCCCCCGGGCUUUUUGCCCACCUCUGUCUCCUUGCUGCCAUGAGAUUAGCCGCCUACGCCGGGGCGUCUGUGGCCCUGGCCACGGGUGUAUUUCUGAAAGCGCUGCAUCAACGGGCGAAUUUCUAUUCCGCCUGCGUAUACCUAUCUCAGAGCAGCGCGAAUCUUAUGAUCCUGACGAAUGUAUGCCUAUUGGCGGUGGGCUUCUUCCUCUUCUGGCUCCAGCGACUUCUAUACGGACCCCUCCGACCCAUCGAAACCGAGCAGCUAUACGAGAAGGCAUGGUUCGCCGUGACGGAAACAUGUCUCGCGAUGACAAUAUUUCGGGGAGAGCUGGGUGGGUGGUUUCUGGUCAUGUUCGUCUGCCUGCUCGUGGGCAAGGUUUGGGGCUGGAUUGGCGAAGGCCGUGUGGAGUUCUUGGAACAGCAGCCUCCGGCCAAUCCUCGCCUGUUCCAUACUCGGCUGGCUGCCUCGUUGCUCCUCUCGGUUCUAUUCAACGCCUUCAUGCUGAGAUAUUGCAUCACCACCGUCCUGGAGCAAGCGCGCCCGGACAUGAUGGUUAUGUUCGGCUUCGAGUUCGCCGUUCUCACCAUCCUGUCUAGCUCCACGGCAGCACGAUACUCGAUCUCUCUGGUCGAAAUCUACAUCAACCACCAACAGACAAAAGCAAAACUCGAGGAACGUCGUCAAGAGAUCCGAGCUGCUAGGACAGAGGCUAUACAAGAGCAUGCGCGCCGGGGCGAAGCGGAACCACCUACCAAUCUACCCGAUGAGAACGACGUGAACGAGAUGGAACUCGACGUUCCGGGCUGGGAAGAAAAAAGCCGAUGGAUCUUCUAUCUCGACCUUGUCACCGACUUUCUGAAACUGACCGUGUACCUGAGCUUCUUUGCCAUCCUCUUCACAUUCUACGGAUUGCCUAUUCACAUCCUGCGCGACGUGGUUGUUACCAUUCGCUCCUUCGGUCGACGAAUCAUGGAUUUCCUUCGUUUCCGCAAUGCCACCCGUGACAUGAACGAGCGAUAUCCCGAUGCCACCGCCGAAGAAGUCGCAAGAGAGGAGGUCUGCAUCAUUUGCCGCGAGGAAAUGACUCAUUGGCAGCAGCCUGCCCCUGGGCAGCCGCUCCAAGCCCGAGUUUCAGACCGUCUUCGUCCGAAAAAGCUUCCGUGUGGCCACAUCUUGCAUUUUGCUUGCCUCCGAAGUUGGCUGGAAAGACAGCAAAACUGCCCUACGUGCCGUCGUCCGGUGAUCGCACCCGCUCGCCCUCGCGGAGAGGCAGGGAACGUUGCGAAUAACGCACAGGGUAACGCGGGUGUUGGCGGCCAACAGAACUUCCCCGCUGGGAACCAACCCCCAGGCAGAAACGCCGACGGGUUGCCCAGGGCUCGUGUUUACCAGUUUGGACCCUUCCGGAUCGGCUUCGGCGCCGGCCGAGGCGAUCUCUUCCACAAUCUCCAUCAGCAGAUCCACCAAGGAAACGUUCCACUGCAACCGGCAAACAAUGCCAACCUUCCGGGCGCUCGACAGAUCGGCUUUGGCUUCGGAUUCGGACGGCCUCCGCCAGCCGCGGCGCAGCAGCCUGCACCCACCCCUACCACCGCCGGCGUUCCUGACAUGCGCAGUCAAUUGCAACAAAUGGAGCAGCAGAUCAUGCAGGAAAUCCAUGAUCUUCGUGUCACAGCGGAUCAGCUCCACUUGGUACGACAGCUACAGACAGAAUUGCAGAGACUCCGAACUCUACAAACCAACCCUACUGAGCCGUUGACCAAUGCAUUCACGAACUCCUCCGUUCCUUCAUCAUCAACCGCAGCAUCGACGAUAUUCGCCCGCCACCAUCACCUCGGGGACAAUCCUGCUCCUGCCAUGGCUGCAGACAAUUCUCAGCUGCCGGAAGGGCUUACCCUUCCGCCGGGCUGGUCCCUUGUUCCCCUUAACACCACGGCUCAUCGAGCACAAGAGGUUUCCAGUUCAAGUGCAAGCCCGGCGGUUCCGGCGACGCCACCAGCCCCGACGACCGACCAUGCGUCCAGUGUCCACCCUUCUACGGAAAGUCACGUCGAGAACGAAGAUCGGAGUCGUGACGAUGCUACUACAUCUGCCCCUGCUUCUCAGGGCUUGCCGGACUGGGGACGUGACGGGGCCGAAUCCCCGUCUCAGCAAUGGACCGACGUGGCAUCGGAAACGCAGCCGGAGAAGGUUGGAUUAUCAUCUGCAACAGAUGCGGAGGGAGAGAACGAGGACGGCCAGUCAACGUCAUCAAAGGGCAAGGCAAGAGCGGCGACGGUAGAAGAUGCAGCAGACGAGGAGAGCUGAACUUUUAUUUUUUUUUUGUUUAUCAUCGUUGCGCCCCUCGACUUCUUUCCCUCUGGCUUGCCUUGGUGUAACCUUUUAUUGGCGUUCUUUUCUUUUCUUUUUAGCGAGGCAGACACAUCAUACCCGGGGUGUAUGUUUGAAUUGUAGUGCUGUGGCCCUGUUACCCACCGCUUUAUUUAUCUCACGACGUUGGAAAGAAGCCCUGGAAAUUAGAAGUAUGUACAUAGUUAGUUUUAUGGCCAAUUUGACGCAGG